AUGGCCACUGGCUCAAUGAUGGAGGUGAUGAGGACCUCCAACCAGCCUGCAACCUCCAGCCAUCCAACCCCCACGCCUACCCCCACCCACAAUGACUCAAACACCUGCACUACUCUGUAUGACCACAAGGAGUAUGCCAGAGUCCUAAUGCCCCUCUUCUACUGCAUCAUCUUCUGCGUGGGGUUGCUGGGUAAUGCCCUGGCACUGCAUGUCAUCCGGCCCAACCUGAAGAAGAUGAACUCCACCACACUUUACUCCGCCAACCUGGUCAUCUCCGACAUCCUGUUCACGCUGUCACUACCGUUACGGAUAAUCUACUACGCCCUGGGCUUCCACUGGCCCCUGGGGGAGACCCUGUGUAAGAUCACAGGGCUGAUCUUCUACAUCAACACGUAUGCCGGGGUCAACUUCAUGACCUGCCUCAGUGUGGACCGAUUCAUUGCUGUGGUCUUGCCGCUCCGAUUCGCACGCUUCCGGAAGGUCUCCAAUGUCCGGUACAUCUGCGUUGGGGUGUGGUUGCUGGUCUUAAUGCAAACUUUGCCCCUCCUCUCCAUGCCCAUGACUAAUCCGGAGCCUGACGGCUUCAUCACUUGUAUGGAGUAUCCCAACUUCGAAAAGGUGCCCAACAUCGCCUACAUGCUGAUCGGCGCCGUGUUCCUAGGCUUCGGAGUCCCCGUGGUGACCAUCCUAUUGUGCUACUCCAUACUGUGCUGUAAACUUCGCCUCUCGGCCAAGGCCAAUCACCUGACGGACAAGUCGGGGCGCAGCCGCAAAGCCAUCGGGGUGAUCUGCUGCGUCUCCCUGGUGUUCGUGGUGUGUUUCAGCCCCUAUCACAUCAACCUCCUCCAAUACAUGAUCCGAAAGCUGAUCUAUGAACCGGACUGUGCUGAACUCACAGCCUUCCAGAUCUCCUUACACUUCACUGUGUGUCUGAUGAACCUCAACUCCUGCCUGGAUCCAUUCAUCUACUUCUUUGCCUGUAAGGGUUACAAGAGGAAGGUGCUGAAGAUCCUGAAGAGGCAGGUGAGCGUGUCCUUCUCCAGCGCAGUACGGACAUCGCCCGAGGGGUCGUCCAGAGACGUCGUAGAUGGUAAGAAGAUCCACCUCAACAGCACUAGGUACGAACAGUGUGUCCAACAGAAUGGUCAAAGGUGA